UCGAAACCCGAAUUGGCCAUCCUAGGUGGUAACUUAUUCAUAACGCAAGAGGUUCUGACGUUAAAAUCUGGUUUCUUAUCCAACUGCGACAAACAAACUAUUGUUCAACAGACAAGUAAUAAUCUAAACUUUUGGUUUGUUUUAUAACUGGCAGUAAAAAAAAAAAGCCUAUUAUUUCAGACCAGUUCAACAGAAGCUGUUGAAGAACAACAACGUAUGAACUCCAAAAUGGCUGCCACGAACUCUUUCUCAGAACCAGUCGUUCAUCCCUUCUCUUACAUAUAUUCCCCACACCAAGAUUCUUCUCCACUCAUUUUCCCAUCCUGUUUUUCUUCAUCUGUUUCAUCUCGAUCCCCUUUGGAAUGGAUCAAGCCGAGCUCCGACGGAUCUUCCAGUUGUUCGAUAGGAACGGGGAUGGAAAGAUCUCGAAGAAGGAGCUCAGUGAUUCGUUGCAGAACCUCGGAAUCUACAUCUCGGAUGAAGAUCUGGUGCAAAUGAUCGAGAAGAUCGACCUGAACGGCGAUGGGUACGUGGACAUUGACGAGUUUGGGGGGUUGUACCAGUCGAUAAUGGAGGAGAGAGACGAGGAGGAGGACAUGAGGGAGGCGUUCAAAGUGUUUGAUCAGAACGGUGAUGGGUUCAUAACGGUUGAAGAGCUGAGAUCGGUGUUAGCUUCCUUGGGGCUCAAGCAAGGAAGAACCCUGGAGGAUUGCAAGAGGAUGAUAAGCAAGGUCGACGUUGACGGAGAUGGCAUGGUGGAUUUCAACGAGUUCAAACAGAUGAUGAAAGGCGGUGGAUUCGCCGCCUUAGGCUAAAAGCCGACAGACAAGGAACCAAAAACAGAUAGAGGUUUUCGAGUGUCUUCCUAGGAUGUUUCUUGAUGUGAUCAGUUAGGGCAUCUGCAUGUGUGAUAUAUUCAUUAUAUUCGUAGCAUUCGAUUUUGGUUUGCCUUUUAAAUGAUUGUUUUUUUUUACAGAAGAUUACAGAAAUAUAAUCCGAUAGCUUACAAGAAAUAUCAGAUUAAAAAAGCUUUCAUCUGUGUUGUUACUUUGGCUUCUUUUCGAAGAUCUCAUCUUCUUUGUUACCAAACCAGAGACUUCUGAAUCAUAGAUAGAGAGACGAGGUUCAGAUUCUUCUUCAAUGGCGAUACCAGAAUGGGAAAGAAAUGAAUCAAGAUUCAGAUUCUUCUUCAAUGGCGGAUAUAAGAAUGAAAAAUACCCAUCCUCGACAUGAAGAAGAAGGUCCUCUUUGACAGACAAAUCAUCAGCAAUCUCUGUUCUUACAAAACAUUAAGGAAUUUUAGAGAACAACAAACGAAGUGGUAAUUUACCUCAAUAACUUCAGACAAGAACACAGAUAUCAAACUUCAUUGUUCAUGAGACUGAUAGCUCACAAAUUACGGCCCCACCUGGGUCAUGAAAUAACCCACAAA